AUGUUUAAAAAAGGAUUCUUCGUUCCUUUUUUAUGUUUUUCUUUGUUUCUUAUUGGUCACAAAGCGGAGGAAAAUUUGGAAGUCUCUUGUAAUAUAAAUGUGAAGAAAGCAAUACAAUGUGUGAGUGAUAAAUUUUUGAGUAUCUCAGUAGAUCCAGCUGUACUCUUAGCAGGUGUUAAUUUAAGUGAAAAUUCGUUAAAAUUGGCCAAACACCUCAGCCCAGCAUUCAUCAGAAUAGCUGGACCAACUACUCAGUUUAUCAAGUACGUAGACCAAGACGAUGCCUCCCACAAUUUACUCACAGAAGACGGAAAUAACGUGAGAAUUACUCCAUCUAUUUGGUUCGGGAUCAACGAAUGGUUAAAAUUAGCCAAAAUAACACCGAUAUAUGGAAUUAAUGAUAAAGAAACAAUACAAGGAGUCUGGAAUCCUAAGAGUACGUUGCCAUUGUUUGAUAUUUCAGAGCAGCUUAAUAUUAGCUGCUAUUGGCAACUUGGAUAUGAUGCCUCAAACAAAAACGAAACUAGAUAUAAACAAGAUAUCAACAUAUUUCGUUACAUUCUGGAAGCCUAUGCUAGUAAAAAUGACACUUGGAAAUUGGUAGGAAGUGACAUUAGCUCGUUGCCAAGUGGACUUACAGCUGAAGAAUUCCCUCCAAAAGAUAUUGCCUUCAGAAUACUCCAGCAUCAGGGCUCUAAACCUAAAACGAAGUUGUGGACAACUGUUCCGAAAUCAGAAAACACUAUUACUUUUUCAUCUGCUAUAUUGUGGGCUAAACAAAUUGGAAAUGCAGCUAAAAUGGGAUACGAUGUAGUGUUCAGGCAACCGCGUGUACAUGAAUUAUUUACUGAUACGCCGGUUUAUUGGUGUUCACUUCUGCACAAAAAGCUUAUGGGCUGCCAGGUUUUGGAAACCAAAUCAAGUAUAUUUCAAGACGACACGAACAUCUUCGCUCAUUGUACUCGAAAACAAAACAGUUUCGUUAGAAGAGGAGCUCUAACUGUUAUGGUAGUCAACGACCGUCCCCUUAAAUAUAUAGCAAAGGUUAAAUUAGGAAAUGGCGUUCCAGAAAAGUCUGUGGAGGUGCAGACUUAUAUUCUCACAUCACAAUGUUUGAAUUCAACGAAAAUAUAUCUCAACGAUCAAGUACUGACGCCAGAGAUAUUCCAUAAAAAGAAUCCAUUCGAACCGAAAAUUCGCAGAACCAAAGCAACUUCCCACAUCUUAUUAUCACUACCACCAUCUUCAAUUGGAUUCUUCGUCUUCCCAGGAGCCAGAGUUCCAGUAUGCAUUGAAAAGGAAAAGGAGACCAAGCUCUUAUUAGAAGAAAUAGAAGAGGAUCAGAAUAUGCCGUUGUCGGAAGAAGUUGCCUUGCGGUUGGGAACCAGAGGAACCUUUACUAAGCAUAACUUUUUGGAGCAAAUGGCCCAAAAUCUGAAAGAAGAGAUGAAAUCGGAUGAUAAUUAUUACAAUAAUCCAUCCAGAUUUUAUGCUACAUAUUCAGAUACAAACGAAGAUUUUAAUGGUUUCGAAGGGAAAAGCAAAAAACAUUUCCUCGAACGAACAAAAUUGGGCGACAAGCAUAAAAAGGUUUUCGACUUUGAGAAAAAGAGAGACUUCUUCAAGAAAUAUUUGCAAGAAAGGAGUAAAACUGUUAAACCAACACUUAAAACCGGCGAUAAACUCACAAGAAUGGAACUAUCCAGUAGCGAGAUAGAGAGAUUAUUGAAAGAACGAGCUGUCGAGAGAGCUGCACAGAAGAAUAUUAUCUUCACCGAUGAAGAACUGGACGCGUUAAUUAAGAAAGCAAGUAGGAGCUUACAUAAGUCUAGGCAUAGAAGAUCUGUACAUCAUAAUAUCGCGAAGAGGGAUAUUAAUAGGCAACUUUUGGAAAAAUAUAGUCAAAUGAAUGAAAAUGGUCAUCACUAUAAUCCAAAACAUCAUCAUCACUAUCAUCCUAGUGCGAAGAAAUCUGUAUUAAGGAGGAAGAAACAUAUUCACAGAAAGCGUAGAGCCACCAAUGUAAACUUGGGAGAUCUCAAAGCCAAAAUAGCAGAACGGAAGAAAUUUUGGGAUGAUAAACGUGACGAAAUUUUGGGAAAUUCGUUAACUUUUAAGGAAAACCUUAAGGACAAAAUUAGAGAACUAAAAUCAAACAUGAGAAUUAAAAGAGACAUAAAUAUGGAUCUUUUAGAUAAGAACUCGCCUUCUCAUAAAAAGAAGAAUAAAUUAGCUAAACAAACCGAAGCAAUUGAGGCAACAAUACGGGAAUCUGGUCAAACGAGUGCAGAUAUAAUGGAUGAACUUGAGAAAAUUGAUGUAGGAGACGUAGAAGAGACAGAACGUAAAGGGGACGUUUACGCCGAAUUAGCCAAUUCUGAAGAUUUAGAAGAAAUGGAGCUCUUUGAUCAUAAUAAUAAUGCUCUAAAUCGUAGAAAAUAUAAACUCUUCGACAAAAAACACAAAAUAGAUCCUUUUGCGAUCGAGCAUCCAACAAUUGAUAUUGUAGAUCCAACUAGGCCAAAACAAAAAAAGAAAAAAUCUAAGUCUGACGAUAAAUUACAGUUUUUAACUACUUCAGAAGAGUUCACCGAUAUAGAAGAGGAUGUGCCUUGUAUUCAUGAAUACUUUGGAAAUGGGUUUAUGUCUGAAAGGGAAGGAAAGAAGAAAGGCACAAAACAAACGGAUGACUUUUAUGGGCGACUUAGAAAAAGGAGAUCUGUCGACAAUAGUUUGAAUGAAAACAACAAAAUUGAAGACACAAAAGGGAAUAUAGAUACGGAAAUUUUACAACUCGAAGAAGAAGUGCCACCGGUGGAAGAUAGUCCAAUGCUGGUGGAUAUCCCAGUUAUUGAUAAACCGAUUACUACAGAAUUUCAUAGUCUUGAGGCCCAUGUUUUUGAAGAAGCCCUUAACAACACUGCCUACGAAACUCAGGCAACUAAACCUGAGUAUAAAGAUGACAACGAUUCAAUAUUCACAAACAUGAUUGAACACAACGAGCUUCUUGAAAAUUCCGUGGAUGACAAACUAGACGCAGCUAAGAAUACUUCAGAAACUCAUAACUCCACAACAUCUAGCACCCCAGAAGAUAUAAAAAAUGGUAAUAGUUCGACAACCAGCAGCAAUGUUAACACGACCAAUAUUAAUGGUACGGAGAAAAUUAAAUCAGGACAUCCUGAAACAAUGCCAAUAGCUGUAGAAGUUAAACCUGAACAUUCGAAAGCUGUGGAGUUGGAAGCAGUAAAGAAAGAAUCUGAGCAAGUGAAAUCAAAUGAGGAAGAAAACUCUCUAACAAAUGAAAUAGUAGAAACUUUACAUCGCAAAAAGCGUUCGACUGACGAAGAUCCCUACAAAAAGAAAAAGGAGUACAAGAAAGAAAAGUUGGAUAAAAAAAGCGAAGACAAGAAUCAGAAGAAAAAACAUAAAACUACUGAAACUUUAAACGAACAAAUGACCCACCUCAAAGAAAAAUUACAAGAGAGAAAAGACGAACUCGAUAAAUUAGUACAUAAACAAAAAGGUAUUGAUAAAGAUAAGAAAGAACAGUGGAAGAGUAAAUUGCAUAAAAAGAAACGAUCGCAUUUGAAACGAGAUAAAGAUGAUUUAAAAUUUGAAAUUGAAUUUCCUGAAUUUAACUCCCGAUUUAAGUCCCAUCACAGUAAAGUAAAAAGGUCAAUUUUUAAUACUAGAAAAGUGUUUGGCAAUUAUCAACCUGUAACAUCUGAUUUAAAAGCUUGGAAACCUGUAGAAGUGCCCGCUCUUAAAAGAGAUAUAUACAAAGCUAACUCAAGAAAAAUGAUGCCUCCAAAUGACUAUCCGAUCUUUAAAAAUAUAUUUAACAAACCGUACAAUCCAAGAAAAAGGAGAUAUAUCGAUACUGAUGUAGAUAUCAGAGUAAAUGAAAUAGACUCAGAUAUUAACGAAAUUCAUAAGGACAAAGAUAUAUUUAAUAUUCCUGAAGAUGAUUUGUUAAAGUUUGACCUUCCAACAGGUAUUGAGUUUGAACUCCUGGAAAAUAAAAAGAAAACGAAACCUAAGAACUAUGAUAUUUACGACUUUCGAUCAAAAUCUUUUAAAAGUAAAGAUGCAGCUAAAAACAUUAACGAAGGUGCCUCAAACAGUAAUAUAAUAAAAAAUGAUAAGGAAAACGUAAUAACCGAUUCGAAUUUCGACGACAAGUUGAAGGAAAUUAAUUCUUUUCACAUUAAAGAUACAAAAACAGCUAAAGUGAGUACAGUGCAUCAAAACAAACAGGAUAUUGUGGAUGAUCUUAAGGAUACAAAAACAGCUAACACAAAAAAUGAAAAUAAUGAGCCCCUUGACAUUGAGCCUGUUGCUAUUUUUGGGCAAGACGUAGGCACACUAGAUAUUAUUAUUAAAAAUACACCAUCAAAAGAAAUAAAUAAAGACAACCACACAAAAGCGACUCUUAUGAUCGAUCCUGUCGAUAUUUUCAAACAAAUAAUAGAUAUUGAUGGUGAUAAAAUAAAAACACAUAAAAAACACCAAAAUAAACAGCACCAUGUUGUUGACGCAUUUGAUAUUUUUGGACCAGGUGUCAGCACACUAGAUAUCAUUGUAGAAGAUUUACAAUCAGUGGAAAAAAAUAAAAAAAAUCACAACGAAGAGACUUUUAUGAUCGAUCCUUCCGAUAUUUUUAAACAAAUAACAGGUAUUGGCGAUUAUAACGUAAAAUCAGCUAAAACAAAUACAAAACACCAAAACAAACAACACCAUACUAUUGAUCCGUUUGAUAUUUUUGGACCAGGUGUUAGCCCAUUAGAUAUCCUUGUUGAACACUUACAAUCAGUUGACAAAAAUCACAACAAAGAGAGUUUUAUGAUUGAUCCUGCCAAUAUUUUUGAACAAGUAACAGGUACUGGUGAUAACAAUCUAAAAUCAGCUAAUACAAAUACAAAGCACCACAACAAACAACACAGUAAUGUUGAACCAUUUGAUAUAUUUGGACCAGGUGUUAGCACACUGGAUAUCAUUGUUGAAACUUCGAAAUCAACUGAAGCAAAUAAAGAAAACCACAACAAAGAGAUUCCUAUGAUUGAUUCUGCGGAUAUUUUUGGUCAGGAUGUAGGCAGAUUGGAUAUAAUAGUCAAUGAUCAAAAUUUACUUCCAAAACCAUUGAUUAUAAAAGGUCCCCCUGAUGUGAACAUCGAUAAAUACGAGAAAAACAUAUUGGAUGCAUUUUUUGAAGAUGGUACCUAUAAAGUUAAACUUCCCAAUAAUGAUGAACUAGAUUUAAUCAAAGCAGGAGAGGACACUGAGAUCAAAUUGUUACAUAAUGAUGAACACAAUGUUGAGAAAAACGAUGAAAACAAAAAAGAGGCCAUUAUACAAGAUAUAAGUGAACUUAUUCCAGAAAUUCAACCCAGAUUCAAACCUAUUGAGAGUGUGGAUAGGUUAUUAAGUGAUGUUAAGAAUUUUUUCACAAAUGUUGGUAACCAUUUAGAUGGUUAUUUAAGGCAAUUUGGAAUAAAAUAACCAAUAAGUAUAUUAUUUAAUAUAUAUGUAUUCGAUUAAUUUAUUUAUUUAUAUAUUUGGGAAUAGAUUCAAAAGUCGAAGUUAUGAAGUUAGGGUUAUUUAUUGGGGUUAUUUAUUAUUACUGGUUAUGUAGUUUAAGUUCUGUAUUUUUUUUUGUAAUAAAGACGUGUUUUAUUUG